CCGGCGGGCCGUGGGCAGCGGCGGCGGCGGCGGCGGCAGGAGCAGCCCCACCGGCGGCCGCGCACCCGAGGGGACCCGGGGGUCCUCCCCGCUCCGCACGCUCCCCGGAGCCACCGGCCCCUCCGCCCGUCGCGCCCCCCGGCCAGGCCGCUCCGCUCCGGCUGCUAUGUGAGCGCGCGGCGGCGGCGGCGGCGGAGGACGGGGCCCGGGCAGAGGCUCGUCAAGUUUGGGGCCCCUUGGGGGGCGCCCCCCCCCGCGGCCCUCGGUCUGCCCCGGGCGUCCCGGCGCCGCGCGCGCCAUGGUGACGGUGGAGGAGCUCCGGGAGCUGGACGGCGGCGCGCUCAAGCGGCUGCUGGGCCGGGACGAGGGCGGCAAGUGCCUGCUGCUGGACUGCCGGCCGUUCCUGGCGCACAGCGCGGGCGCCAUCCGGGGCUCGGUCAACGUGCGCUGCAACACCAUCGUGCGGCGCCGCGCCAAGGGCUCGGUGAGCCUGGAGCAGAUGCUGCCCGCCGAGGACGAGGUGCGCGCCCGCCUGCGCGCCGGCCUCUACGCGGCCGUCGUCGUCUACGACGAGCGCAGCCCGCGCGCCGACGGCCUCCGCGACGACAGCACCGUCUCGCUCGUGGUGCGGGCGCUGCGCCGCCACGCCGAGCGCACCGACAUCUGCCUGCUCAAAGGUGGCUAUGAGAGGUUUUCUUCUGAGUAUCCAGAAUUUUGCUCCAAAACCAAGGCUCUGGCAGCCAUCCCACCUCCUGCGCCCCCCAGCGCCAUGGAGCCCUUGGACUUGGGCUGCAGUUCCUGCGGGACACCUCUGCAUGACCAGGGCGGCCCCGUGGAGAUCCUCCCGUUCCUGUACCUGGGCAGCGCGCACCACGCGGCCCGCAGAGACACGCUGGACGCGCUGGGCAUCACGGCGCUGCUGAACGUCUCCCCCGACUGCCCCAACCACUUCGAGGGCCACUUCCAGUACAAGUGCAUCCCCGUGGAGGACAACCACAAGGCCGACAUCAGCUCCUGGUUCCUGGAGGCCAUCGAGUACAUCGACGCCGUGCAGGAGCGCCGCGGGCGCGUGCUGGUGCACUGCCAGGCCGGCAUCUCGCGCUCGGCCACCAUCUGCCUGGCCUACCUGAUGAUGAAACAGCGGGUGAGGCUGGAGGAGGCCUUCGAGUUCGUCAAGCAGCGCCGGAGCAUCAUCUCGCCCAACUUCAGCUUCAUGGGGCAGCUGCUGCAGUUCGAGUCCCAGGUGCUGGCCGCGUCCUGCGCCGCCGAGGCCGCCAGCCCCGCGGGGCCCCUGCGCGAGCGCGGCCCGGCCGCCCCGACGCCCGCCUCGCAGUUCGUCUUCAGCUUCCCGGUCUCGGUGGGCGUGCACUCGGCGCCCAGCAGCCUGCCCUACCUGCACAGCCCCAUCACCACCUCCCCCAGCUGCUAGAGCCGGCCGGGGCCUGGCCACGCCCGCCAGGGCGCCGGCCACGCCCACAGCGCGGGCCACGCCCACAGCGCGCAGGCCCCACUCUCCAAUGGCGCUGGCCACGCCCACCGGGGCACCGGCCACACCCAUAGCAUGCAGGCCCCGCCCACACGGCCUCCGAGAACGGCAAUAAGGACUCCGAAUACACACUUAAGAACAAACCACUCCAACUUAGAGCAAUAACCGAGGCUUCCGUGGCCAGAGACUUCCCGGAUUUGGUUCAUGUGUCAAUUUUACUUUGUCAGGUAGAAGUUUCUUACCUCAUUUUUUU